ACGUAUUUUUCUAUCGCGACGAUUAUAGGCUAGGAAAAGUAGCGCGCUGUUUCUCUAACCUAGAAAACGUACCCCCUCUGAAAACGCCGAGCGCCUCAGAUCCGUUUUUGUGAUUCGUCUUUGGCGCGUUACUCAGGUUACGAAUCUCGUUACUCCACGCCAGGCGUUCAUGGUGCUGACUGGCCACUGGAUCACCAGUGACUUCCAACUGCGGCAGGUGGUGAUGGAGUUCGAGCAGCUGCACGGCUCGCACACUGGGGUCCUGAUAGCGGAGACAUUUGAGCGGGUCUUGACCGAGUGGGGCCUCGUACCCCACCUGUUCGGCGUCACCACCGACAAUGCUGAGAAUAAUGCCAAGGCCAUGCGGCUCCUCACGGGCGAGGACCCUGGCCUUGGUCGCGACCCCAUCCUCAAGGAGGAUCGGCACUUCCGCCUAUUGGCGUGACAGGCACUACCUCCCCGGGUUGAG